UCUUCGCAGUUGUAAACCGAAAUUUAUUUUUGUUUAGUAGAUAAAAUAAUAAUGUAAUGUAAAUUGUAUAUACUAUUUAUGUUUGAUAAAUAUUGUUAUGUUAUAGUUGUAUCUAAUUUGUAAUAACGAAAUUUUACGCUAAGUGAUAGGCAUAAGAAAAAUGAUUAUUUGAUUGAAUGGAAUCCUGAUUAAACUUAAAACGCUGUCACUAUCACUUUAUUUACAUUAUUUUCUGCCAGAACUAGUGUCUUGAGUAAAUAUUCAAUAUGAAAGAAAUGCUUGGUGGAUGCAGCGUAUGUUGUGAUGAUACGGGAUGGACUGAAAACCCCUUGGUGUAUUGUGAUGGGCCUAAUUGUAACGUUGCUGUACAUCAAGCUUGUUAUGGAAUUCGGAUUGUACCAAAAGGAGAAUGGUUUUGCAGGAAAUGUGAAGCGUUUAAAGAAAAAUCUAUUAAAGUGAAAUGUGAACUGUGUCCAUCUAAAGAUGGUGCUCUAAAACCUACUGAAAAUGGGAACUGGGCUCAUGUUGUAUGUGCAUUAUAUAUACCAGAAGUUACAUUUAUGGAUGUUACUACUAUGGAACCAGUAAAAUUGAGUGCAAUACCCCGAGACCGCUUUAACAGAUUGUGUUAUAUAUGUGAAGAAAAAAAUAAAGGACAAAAAGUAACAGUAUCUGGUGCAUGUAUGUCAUGUAACAAGUCUGGUUGCAAAUUAGGAUUUCAUGUGACAUGUGCUCAAAGUGCUGGUUUACUAUGUGAAGAAGCUGGAAAUUAUUAUGAUAAUGUUAAAUAUGUUGGCUAUUGUAAACAUCAUUAUUCCAAGUUGAAGAAAAGCAACAAUAUCAAACCUAUUGCUCCAUACCGUCCUCAAAAUCAAUCAGACAACUCGUCAUCAGAUAUAACACCUGAAAAACAGUUACCUCAAAAUAUUGAUAAUGUUACAGAUUCUCAAACUUCAAAACCAAAACGAAAGUUGACCAUCAUUAACAAUUUUGGUGAUAAAAUUGCUAAUGAGAAGAAAGCUAAAGAUUCAACAAUUCGGAACACUCAAAGUGAAGAUUCUAGAAUAUCAGGACCGCAUAUUGUAACUACUCAUCCAUCUGGAAAUUUAGUAAUUUCAAUAGGAACAAAAGUGGAAAACAGACCAGCUAGUAAAAAAAAUUAUUCUGAAGAUUCUGAGACUGAAAUCAAACAUCCAGCUAAGUAUCAGAAAACAAAGAAUGCAAUGAAUAUUCCAAAGUCUGAAGAAGAUCAAAGCUCAAAUAGUUUAAAAGUAACUGAAGAAACAAACUUGUAUCGUGUUGAUAACAAAAGUACGAUUAUAAAAUCAAGUGGAUCAGCAGUAAAUUUGACCCAAAAGCCAGAAUCAAAUACAUUGAAAAAAGAAACCAGUGUAAUUAGUUCUCCUUCACAUACUAAACAAGUUCCCAAAACAGAAGCAACUGAUAAAAAAGUAUUUGAAAAUAGCACCAAUGCUGCACCUCAUAUGUUGGGAAAUUCUUUGAAUCCGUCAUCAAGCAUGGCUCAGAAAAUGGCAGACACUUUAAAUGAAGAAAUAGAAACUCAUAAAAUGUUUAAUAACGAACCAAAUUUGUCUACUAAUGUACCUAAAAAUGUAUUAAUGGGCCCUCAGUUGCAACGACGAAAUCAAAGGGCUUCUCAAAUUGUUCCUCAGGAAACACCACAGCCUCAAGGAUCAGCUUCAUCGUGGUCGUCAUUAACAAAUGGUAUUAAUAACAAUAAUACUCAAGCUUUAGAAGAUUUGCUUGAAAGACAGUGGGAGCAAGGUGGAGCAUUUUUAAUGGAACAAGCACAGCACUUUGAUAUUGCAUCAUUAUUAACAUGCUUAUAUCAACUGAAAAGUGAAAAUGUUAAUUUGGAAGAUGAAUUAGCUAGCUAUACAAGGCGCCGUGAUCACUUAUUAGCUGUUAAUGCACGUCUUGCAAUUCCACUCACACCUCAAAAUAAUAGGAACCGAGCACCAGCCCCUCCUACUACUAAUAAUCAUACCGAAGCUCCAGUUUCAAACCAACCACCUAGGUCAAAUUAUCAGUCCAAUCAUGGAAACAUUGAUCCAUCCUUGCAACAUAGAUAUCAGAAUCACAUUUCUAAUAGACAUCCAGCUCAUCAGUUGUCAAAUAAUAUACCUUCUCAUGUAGUUAUCCGUGGAGGUGUUGUUCAAGAGCCUAGAUCAGAUAACAGAAGACAAGUCAAUCAUAAUUUGGGUGUGUUAAACUCCAAUCCUAUGUAUCAAACUGCUCCACAACAACCUACAAAUAUGGCUUUGCCACGUCAUCAGAUGGGAAUGGAUGGUCAUCCAAAACAUAGUUGAGAACAAGCAGAUUGCUCAUGCACACAAUGCACUUCACUUUUAGCUGAUUAUGUCUGGAAACAUAUUACUUGAAAAUUAACUUUAUACCUUCAUAUUUAAAAAAUUGUUUCUUCUUAUUUAUCUUUUUAUAUGUUUAAAAAAAAAUUUUUAAUUCAAUUUAAGAUUAAUCAGGUUGGAUGUAUAAAUAUAAAAUUUUAAUUAUCAUUUUAAAUGUAUAACAAAAAUUGAAUUUUGAACUUAAAUAUAAUGAUAUAUUAUGUUGAUAUAACACAUACACUUAAAUCUUGAAAUAUUUAUUAUCAAUAUUAUCAAUUUGUAAUGUGAUUAAUUAAUUAAAAUUAAAUAAAUUUGUAUUACAAAGAUAAUUAAGUGAAAUAAAUGAAAUGGUAUGUAUUAUUAUUCCAAAGUAAAUAUUAUGAAAUGGUCCUAAUUUAUUUCUCAUACUAAGUAAAUUAAAAUUAAAAUAUUUUUGGUUUCUUAGGUAAACAAUUUUUUAAUUAAAUUAUUGGUUUUUAUGUUUUAAGUCAAGUUUUGUAUCUUGCUUUUAAAACGUACAUUUUUCGCGUAACUAGUUAAUAUACAUUAAUAACUAAUGUAUGUUGUGUUUUAUUUGUUGUUUUUUAUUUAUGCUGCCGUAGUUGUAAUAAGACAUUGGUAAUAAAAUAAAAAUACGUUGUGUUGCGAUCUCUUUUUAUAUAUUUUGGUUGUAACUGGUAGAUAGGUACUUCGCAUUUUUAAUUUUUAGAAUAAAAACUAAUAAUAUUGAUUAUUAAUUAUUCUUAAAAAAUGUAGAUAUUAUAUUAUGUAAUAACUUAAUUAAACUAUUCAUUAAUUUGUUAUAAAUUAUAAUAGACUAACUAUACUAAUUAUUUAACUAAACAAAGAAAAUAUGAUGUGUAUCAAGUAAAUAUUAACAAUUUAAUUAUGUUUGGUGUAUGCAUUUCAAAAUAGAAAUCUACUUUUAAAUAAACUUUACUUAGAUAUAACAUUCAUUUAAGUUGUAACUUGUUUUUAAUUGUAGAUAUUAUUCAUGACGAUUUUAAUUAUACUUUACAUCUAUUAUACUUAAAAGUAUUUUUUAGAUUUCAUAAACUUAAUGUACUUUAAUCACAUAAGUGAUCCAAUAGAUUUAAGUUAAAUGUUAAGUAUUACUUCUGUACUUAAUCUAGUUAUGUUAUAUUUUGCUAUACUUAGCCAUUUUUAAUGUACGUUUCAUGUUACAUUGUUUUUGUUAAAAUAUGUUGUACGCCUAUUUAGAUAUUUAGAUGUUAAAGACAUUUUGAUUUUUUGUUUUGUUUAUUUUUCUUUUCAAUUAUGUAACUCGCAUUUGCCGUGUCCCAAUCUAUUACACUAUAACAAACUAAUGUAAAAUUGUUUAUAGUGAUUUAAAAUAUUAUAAUAGUUGAAAAAUGGAAUGAAA